AUGGCUACUGCUGCUUCAACAAUGGCUAGCCAGCUCAAGAGCAAUUUUGCUUCUUCCUUGACUAGAGGACUGGUUACUCCAAAGGGUAUUUCUGGAGCUCCACUAAGAGUUCUGCCUUCCAGGAGAAACUCUUGCUUCACCAUCAAAGCUGUUCAGUCUGAGAAGCCUACUUACCAAGUGAUUCAACCCAUCAAUGGUGAUCCAUUCAUUGGAAGCCUUGAGACCCCAGUGACAUCAAGCCCAUUGAUUGCUUGGUACCUGUCCAACCUCCCGGCCUACCGGACCGCAGUCAACUCACUUCUCCGUGGAAUUGAGGUCGGCCUUGCCCACGGCUUCCUCCUCGUCGGCCCGUUCGUGAAAACCGGCCCCCUCCGCAACACGCCUUAUGCAGCACAAGUUUCAAAUAUGGCUACUGCUGCUUCAACCAUGGCUAGCCAGCUCAAGAGCAAUUUUGCUUCUUCCUUGACUAGAGGACUGGUUACUCCAAAGGGUAUUUCUGGAGCUCCACUCAGAGUUCUGCCUUCCAGGAGAAACUCUUGCUUCACCAUCAAAGCUGUUCAGUCUGAGAAGCCUACUUACCAAGUGAUUCAACCCAUCAAUGGUGAUCCAUUCAUUGGAAGCCUUGAGACCCCAGUGACAUCAAGCCCAUUGAUUGCUUGGUACCUCUCCAACCUCCCGGCCUACCGGACCGCAGUCAACCCACUUCUCCGUGGAAUUGAGGUCGGCCUUGCCCACGGCUUCCUCCUCGUCGGCCCAUUCGUGAAAACCGGCCCCCUCCGCAACACACCUUAUGCAGGUGGAGCUGGUUCUCUAGCAGCAGCAGGCCUUGUUGUGAUCCUUAGUCUUUGCUUAACAAUUUAUGGGAUUUCAUCAUUCAAAGAGGGUGAGCCAUCAACCGCACCAGCAUUGACCCUGACUGGCAGGAAAAAGGAGCCUGAUCAGCUACAAACUGCUGAGGGUUGGGCCAAAUUCACUGGAGGAUUCUUCUUUGGUGGUAUUUCUGGUGUCACUUGGGCUUAUUUUCUCCUCUAUGUUCUUGACCUUCCUUACUACUUUAAGUAG